CGCACUUUAUUAAUGAGGGAAAUUUGAAAAUAUAAACAGCAACUUGUUGAGUACCUAGGGGGGAGCUUGUACCCACAUACGCCAUGAGUUGGGUUCAGGACGAAUGGAAGGAGGGUUUGCCUUAUAAGGCAUUGCAGAAAGUCAAUCAACUUGAACAACAGUUUGAACGAUUGAAGAAAGAAAGAGAUCAAAAGCAGUUUCAGCUUGAAAGCUUAGAACAGGCUCUUCAAAUUCAGAAAAGAAAAGUAGAUGAAGAGAAAAAUCAGUAUUCAGGACUCAAAAGAGAAAAUCAGAAUUUAUCUGAGACAUGUCAGGAAAUAGAGAAAAAGAGAGAGAAGUUAGCCCAUGAUUUGACACAGAAAGAGAACCAGUUGUCUUGUCUGGAUGGGAAACUGUCUCAUACAAAGUCACAGUUAGAUGCUGAAACUAAAAAAUCAGCACAGACACAGACAGAGCUAGAAAAGAUACAGAGAGAUCACCAAGAGACAGAAAAGAAACUAGAGAAGUUAACUAGUGACCACAAUAAGUUACAGGAGUACAGUAACCAACAAAGGGCACAAAUAGAUCAGCAGACCGACAAAAUUAAGCACCUGGAAAAUGACUUGAAAAAAAUAGCAGAUAGUGCUUGCAGUGUAUCUACAUCAGGUGUGAGCAGUGGAUCUGAUUCUGGACUUCAAGAAAAACUCCAGCAAAUAAAUGUAUUACGUGAAAGAGAUGCUCAAGAACUGAAGCAAUUAAAGGAGGAGUACAAUAAUCUAGAAAAGAAGACAGCACAAGAGAUUGAGAGAUACCAGACAGAGUUGGCCAAAUUGAAAUCAGAAUCAUCAGACCAGCUGAUCAAGAUAGACAACUUUAAUGCAGCUAAUACUAAAAAAGAACAAAGCAGCUUUCCAGGUCAUGGAACUGCUACACAAAGCAUGGUUCAGAAUAGGAACAAUGUUGAUAAUGAUCCUUUUGGAUUUGGUAUUGGGAGUACAGGCAAUAAUAGAAAUACAACUAAGGAUAAUGAUGCCUCAGGGUUUGGACUUGGAUUUGGAAACACGUCAGCACCCAGAAAUCGAUUUGGACAAGGAAAUAAUCAGAAUUCAGCUCCUCCUGGUUUUGGCAGUACAAAUGCAGGUUCAGAAACCAGCAGUUGGUCAUCAGGAAAUUGGCAGGAUGGUUUGUCAUCUGCAGCUUCAAAGCAUAUAUCACAGUUGGAGACACAGGCUGAUAGACUAAAGAAAGAGAAGGAUCAAAAACAAUUCCAGUUGGAAAGUUUAGAACAGGCACUGGCCAACCAAAAGAAGAAAGUAGAAGAAGAGAAGAACUUAGGAGCGUCACUACAAAGAGAGAUACAGAAUUUAUCUGAGUCAUGUGAAGAUGUAGAGAAAAAAAGACAGAAAAUAGCACAAGAACUUCAGAUAAAAGAUAAUAAAUUAUCAAUAGUGGAAGGACAGCUUAGUCAUUCAAAAGCACAGCUAGACACAGAGUUACAAAAGACUGGUAAGCUUCAAAUAGAACUAGAUAAAAGCCAGAGAGAACACCAGGAUUACAUGAGAAAGACUGAGCAGACUGCUGCAGAACAGAGUAAACUACAACAGAGAGCUCAGAUGGCUCAACAGGAACUACAACAUACUCAGGAAGCUAUCAGUGCACUGAAAAAGUCAGAAGCAGAUCACCAAAAGAAGUUGGAGUUUAAAACAGAAGAGCUAGAAAAAUUAAAGGAUGAACAGAAAACUAUUAAAGAUUCAAUAACAGAGAAAGAUAGAAUGAUGCAAGAGGCUAAGAAAAACUGGCAGCAGACAGAACAGAGCUUGAAAGGAAACCUCCAGGAGAGGGAAAAUGAGACAAAAACAGCUACAGAGAAAAUGGUAUCCAUGGAAAAGGAGUAUAAACAAAUGCAGAACGAGUAUCAAGGAUUAAAGAACCAGAUCAGUGAUAACAAAGCUACAAUUGAUAAAAAGGAGAAAGAAUUACAAAGUGUUAAUCAUCAAUUAAACCAAUGCCAGGAAGAGUUGAAUACUCUACAGGGUAAACUGACAAAAAGUACUGAGGAUUAUCAGUGUCUCACGACAAAACAUGAUCAACUACAUUCUAGCCACCUGACCAUGACCAGUCAGAUUCAAGACUUCAAGAAACUGGUGGAGAGUAAAGACCAGACUAUUGAGGAGCUGCAGGGUAAUAUGGAUAAACUAGAGAAAGAGAAGGAAGACAGAGAAAAUGAAUUGCAGACAGAGAUUACCGACCUCCAUCAUAAACUUCAACAGGCUCAUACAGCAACGGAAGAGAAAAUCAAAGAAACAACUUCCCUAGAAAUGCAGAUACUUUCUGUUCAGAUGCAGGCUGAUAGUUGUACAUACGAUAGCUUGGAGAAAGUCAAACAGAUGGAAACUGAAGUGAAUCAGCUCAAAACAGACCUAGAAAAGAAGCAGGAUGUACUAGUUUGUAAAGAAAAAGAAUUGUCCGAGUUUGGUGAAAAGUUUAACGACAUGAAAAAAGACCAUGAUGAAAAAUGUCAACAAAAUGGAAGUCUGCAAGAGAGUGUUGACUCCCUGACUGGAAAAGUUAGUGAUUUAACCUCUCAAAUUGAUCAGAUAAAGGAUGCAUUGACACAGAAGGACAGUGAAUUGACAGAAUUAAAGCAGCAGGUGGCCUUAGUUGAGGACAAGGCUUCACAAGAUUUACAGAUCAUGUCUACUGAGCUAGAAACAGUCAGAUCGCAGGCCAAGGAGGUCUCUGAUGAGAAGGAAAAGAUUGCUGAUAUACUCACACAGAAACAAUCGCAGAUAGACGAAUUAGAAAAAGUAGUUUCUGAAUUAAGAAGCGAAAAAGAUGAACUUCAACGUAAAUCCAUCCAGUUGACUGAAUCAUACGAGGAUCUCAGGGAGCAAAUACAGACCAAGACUACACAGUUGGAACAAGCAAACGAUGCCCUGUCUCAAACAACCUCACAGCUGGAGAUAAAGAAAGAAGAAGUACAGCAAUUACAGACAGACGUCGACAGUCAACUUUCUAAGAAAGACGAGACUAUUAAAGAAACCGAGAAUCAUGUUAAAGAACUAAAGGAAAAAUUAGAAUUGUCAGAAAGUACUGCUGCUAUUAAAGAAGAUGAAAUAAAAUCGCUGAAGGAAGAGGCGAUUGGAUUGCAGUCACAGACUACCAGCUUUGGGAAAAAGCUCCAGAGCCUUACUGAGGAAGUUGAAAGUCUGAAAUCUCAAGUGGAAAAUUUGACAGAAAAACUUGCCAAUGCAUCUGAAACUGUAGAUGCCAAAAAUUCUGAAUUGGAAUCGGUAACCAAUGAACUUUCUCAAAUUAAAGAAGAAAGUGGGAACUUUGUUAAAAGACUGGAAGAGAAAAAUGGAGAAAUUAAUGAACAGCUUAAGACAUUGUUAGAGGAAAAGGACAAGCUUUCAGAAAUUGUAAGCUCAAAAGAGAAACAGAUUGAAGACUUGGAGAAUAGAGACAUUGAGGGGAAAACAGACAUUGAAAAGAUGAUGAAAGAUUGUUCAGCAUUACAAGAAAAGAACGAGGCACUUAAUACAUCAGUGUCUGAUUUGACAGCUAAACUUCAACAGGUAGACGAAACAGUUACCAGGAUGUCAAGUGAACUUCAGGAAAGUUGUAAACAGCUGGAAGAGGUCAACGGACAAGCAGCUGAGGAACAAAUAUCUCUGAACAAGGAAGUCUUAGAUCUGAAGCAGGAACUAGAGGAUGAAAAAACUAGCAAAAAUAAACUUGAUGAAGUUCUAAGAAUAAAAAUGGAACAUAUUUUGUCACUGGAAAGUGAGUUGCAGGAGGCAAAAACUGAAAAUAAAAAUACCUCAAUUCAGUGUAGUGAACUGACAGAAAAAGUGUCAGCUUUACAGGAGGAAUGUGACAAAGUGUAUGAGCACCUUCAACAAGCCAGUGAUGCAUUAGAGUCAAAAACUAGUGAACUUCUGAAGCUGACAACUGACAUGGAGGAUUUAGGUAGGGAAUCUGGAGAAUUGAAUAUGAAGCAUGAUAAUGAUAGAACAAAUCUUUGUCAACAAAUAUCAUGUUUAACAGAGGAGAAAGACAAACUACAGAAUCUAUUGGAAUGUAAAGAGGAAUCCUGUAAGGCUUUGGAUAAGACUUUGUCAGAACUUAGAACUGAACAUGAACAGUUAAAUGAAAAAGCUGGAACUCUUCUGAGUGAACUGACUGAUUUGCAGCAAGUUUACAGCAAUGGUCUGACUCACAUGCAACAGGCAGAGGAAACUGUUAAUCAGAAAAAUCAGGAAUUGUUGGACAUGAAAAACCAUCUUGACAAGCUACAAGAGGAAACUGCAUUGACUUUGGGAAACAUUUCAUCUGAAAAUACAAAACUAACAGAAGAAGUUGAGAAGAUGAACGCUGAAAAAGAGAAACAAGGAGAUUUGAUUAGAGCAUUACAAGAGGAGAAAUCAUCCUUGAUAAAAGAAAAGGGAGCUUUGAAUGAGCAGUCUCAACAAAUGCAAACAAAAUUGGACAUGUUACAAAUGGAUUUGGAGGACCAAGCGGAUGGCAUGAAUGGAGUCCAAGAAAAGGCGGGAAAAUUAGAGGAGAUCAUCAACAACCUUAAAGAUACAUUACAAAGUAAAGAUGCAGAUUUGAAAGCUGCUAAAGAAGAACUAAAUAAUGCAAUGUCAAAGUUAGACAAUCUUACCCAAGAACAUGAAGAUCUUACUAAGAAACAUCAAACCAUUUCAGAACAAUUUGACCAGCAGACGACAGCAAUGUUAGAACAGACAAUAUGUCUCCAGCAAGAGAGAGAUAACCUGAAAUGUCUCCAGGAAGAAUCUCAGACACUGAAAAAUCAAAUGGAAACCCAGAAUGUCUCAUAUGGAGAAAAAGAACAGGAACUAUUGGAAUUGACAACAAAAUGUGAAGGCCUUGAUGGAACCGUGAAUAGUUUGAAACAAGACCUUGAAACAAAAAGUCAAGUUUCACAAGACAUGGAAUUAAAAUGCAUGCAGAUGCAGGAAAAACUAGAAUCUCAUCAGGAUAAACUGAAUGAUGCUGAAGAAAGAACCAAUCAGAUGUCAAAACACAUGGCUGAAUUAGAAAGUCAACUUACAAGUUCAAGGUCACAGUUGUCUAUUAGGGUAGAGGAGACUGAGUCAAUCAACAAUAAAUGUUCUAGUCUGAUGGAGGAACUUGAUGAUAAAAACAAGGCAAUGAAUGAAUUAGAGUCCACCCUGGCCAAACACCGUGAGGCUAUACAACAUUUAGAGAACAAGGUGAUGAAUGUGACAUCAGAGAAGGAGUCAUUGUCUGCCAGUACAUGUAAGGAUAUUGAAAACAUGAGAAUCAAACUUGAAUUCAAACAGGAUACUCUGGAACGAAAAGUUAGUGAACUCCAGAAGUUACAGAUAAACAUAGUUGAUAUGGAGAAAACCGUACAGAAAUAUAGAGCUAAUUUGGAACAGAGAAAUACAGACAGUAAAAAUAUUUCUGAUAAAUGUGCUCAGCUACAAGAGUCAUUGGACAAUUUAACGCAAGAAAUGUUAGAAAAGAACGAACUUAGUCAAAGAAUGCAGGAUUCUUCAAAUAUGAUGGAAAGUAAGUUGAAAGAAGUUCUACAGAAAAGUAAUGACAAAGAAAACGAAUUUUCUGCUGAAUCUAAUACACUCAAAGGGAAAUUAGAAAAGAUGGAAUUGGAGAUGGAUGAAAAACAAACUCAUAUUGAAGAACUUAAUGACAGAAUACAAAAUAUGCAGCAGAGCAUGGAUGUUAGUAAAGCAACAUGUGAAAGACUGACACCAGAAAAUGAAUCACUGAAGCAUGAACUCAAUCAGUCUAAAUCAGAAAAUAAUCAUUUGAAAGAAAGACUAGAAGAAUUUAGUGAAACUCUGAACAUUCAUAAAACCAAAGGCACUGACAUGGAAAAUGAAUUAAAACAAAAGAUUGACCAGUUAUUGAAGGAGAAAACUGAACUGAAAGAUGAAAUGAGUAAGCUUAGUACUGAACUAGACAGUGCCAGUAAUUUGUGCUUAGAAAAUCAAGAUGAAAUAGAGACAUGUAAGAACACUGUAUCAAAUCUAGAAAGCCAGCUAAAACAAUUUGUAAGUAAAGCGGAAGAUCAAAAUAAGAAAAUACUUGAAAAUUCUGAUGAACUCAAAUCACUGCAAAAUCAGUUCACAGCAUUGAAUGAGGAGAAGGACAAUUUAAUGAAUUUGAAAGAUCAACUUGAAAAUGACCUCAGUGUCUUUAGAAAUAAACUUACUCAGCAGGAUGAAUUGUUGGGAGAGAAAACUUCUGAAAUUGAAAAAUUGAAGAAUUUAGUUGGAAUGAUUGAAAAAUCCAAAGAAGACUUAGAGAAUGACAUUGCCACACAAAAUGAACAGUCAAUCAUGCAGGAAAAAUCUUACAAUGGAAUGAUGCAUGAACUUAAUUUGAAGGUCGAAUCACUUCAAGGUCAGCUAGAGAGUUCUAAAAGUGAGAUUUUAGAUACACAAGGUCAGAUGAAGGAGCUGAGUAGAGAGAAGGAUGAUCUGGAGAUAGCAAUGUCAUACAAACUGGAGACCAUCCAAAAUCGGCUGAAGAAAACAGAAAAUGAAAAGUGGCAACUACAACAAGAAUUAAAUGUAUCCAAAACAAAGGAGGCAGAACUUGGUCUAGGAAUAACCAGUAGUCAAUCAGAAUCGGACUCACUCCAACAUCAGUUAGCGGAGAUGGAAGAAAGUCUUACAAAGGCCAGGUCAGAUGCAGAAAACCAAGAUAGCAAGUUCCAGGAAGAGACUAAACAGUUAAAUGAUCAGCUGACUUCUGUCAGGAUGGAGCUGAAGCACAAAGAAGAACACUUGUUUGAAGUUGAAACGAAAUUGGAAGAGUUGACAGCAGAAAUUGCCAGUAAAGAGAAAUUGUUCAAUGAUACCAAAAAUAAAUCAGAAUACAAAAAAUCUUGUAUGGCAGAUAAAAUUACCAAGUUGGAAAGUAAUCUAAAGGAAAAGGAGGAUGAAGUUGAUAAUUUACAGAAAGAAAUUCAUAACCUCUCCAUUCAAAAAGAAAUUGACGACUCAGAGCAGAAACAGAUGCUGGACAUGCACCAGAAGGAAAAGAACAGUAUGUUGACAGAGUUUGAAAAUCAGUUGAGUAUAUCAAAAAAUAAAUUAGAAGAGGAAAAAGAUGAACUUAGAUUGAUGUUGUCUCAGAUGGAAGAUGCAUGUUCACAUUCAGAAAAGGAGUUAGAGUUCGUCAGGUCACAGUUGAAUGACCUGAAAAAUAUUUCUAACGUUAAGAGUGUUGAGGAGUCACAGUUGGUGGCUGGCCUGAGAAAUGAAGUUGGUGAACAUCAGAACAUGAAACUAGACUUUGAACAGCAGAUAGAGAAAUGUAAUCAAGAAAUAGCAAGUUAUCAAGAAAAGGUGAAUGGUAUGGACCAACUGAUUUGUAAUCUAAGGUCACAAAUAGAAGAAUUACAAGUAUCUGUUUCAAAAACUGAGGAGGAAUGUAGUACAAAGGUUAUGGAGAUGGAACAAAUGUCACAGAAUCUUACUUCUAUGGAGGAAAAGCUUGAGGAAGAGACAAGUAAAAACCAGAGGGAAUUACAGAGGGUUCACAGAGACCUUGAAGACGUAAGAUUAUCUGAUGUAGAGAAAGACAAAUUAAUUUCAGAUUCUCAAAGUGAAAUUAAUUGUUUGGUUACGGAAAAAGAUCAAUUGGUUGAAAUUAUUUCUAGACUAGAGAGAACAAAUGAGACAUUGGAAGAAAAACUGUCAAAUCUGCAACAGAAUCUUUCAUCAGUGGCCUCAGAGAAGGCUAGUACAGAAAUGACUGCCAGUGAAACUACAUUUGCCUUGGAAACAUUGCAGAAUGAAGUUGGGUUACUUCAGGAGAAACUUGUGACAUGUGAAACAAAAAUUUCAUCUAUGGAUGAUGAGAUGAAUAAGUUAACAGUGGAAAGAGAUGAUCUAAAACAGCAGCUGCUUUAUAUUACAAAGGAGAAGGAGUCUACACAAACAUCAUAUGAUGAACUUGAAUCUCAAUCUAAGCAGGAAAUUACUGAAUUGAAGGAAGAGUUAUCUACCUUGAAAAGUAAAAUGAUGGAGGAAGAUACUAAAUUAAGGCAAAAAGACAAUGAGAAUAUUUCUCUUCAGAAUAAAAAUAAUGAUCUGGAAAACAAUGUUACUGAACUUCAAUCUGAAACAGAACAAUUAAAACAGAAAAUAGAUUUUCUUUCUUCAGAGUCGGGUGAAAGAAAGCAAGAAUCCUUUGGAAUUGAACAAAAUCUAAAAGAUUUACAGAAUGAUCUGGUACAGUGUGAACGAAAAUGUUCAGAUCUGGAGUCUGAAAAGACAUCUUUGGAAGAAAACAUUACAGCAAUACAACAGGAAUUAGCAGAAACCAAUGAAAAUCUACAGUUAAUGAAAGAUCAAUUGUCAUUAGUAAAAAAUGAACUUAUUUCAACCAAUAGUACAUUGGAAAACAAAAAAGAAACAAUAGAAGAACUCACCAAAGACAUUAAUAGUUUGAAUGAAACAGUAUCAAUGAAGGAGAUAGAAAUUCAGGAUCUGAAAUCAAGUAUGUCUUCUCAGAAUGUUCUUGAGCAGAACCAAAUAAAAGAAGUUUCAGAAGUUCAGAGAGAGGUUGAGCAAUUGAGACUUCAAUUGAUGGAGAGAAAUCAAGAAUAUGACCAAGAAAGUGCUACUCAGUCCAGCAGAUUAUCUGACUUAGAGUCUGAACUCGAUUCAGAGAAGGAAAGAGUGUGUUUACUUACUGAUCAAAUUGAAAGUUUACAAAACGAUAAGGAAAUGAGUGAAAGGAGUAAAGAUUUAUUGGAAGAAGAAAUGUUGAGUCUUCAACAGGAGAAGGAAGAUCUAGAAAAUAAACUGAUAGAUAACAUCUCAGAAGUGAACGAGCAGAAAGAUCAAUUUCAACAGUUACGCAGCCAAAUUGAGCUUCUGGAAAGUGAGAAAAAUGACUUAGCCUCACAGAUUACAGAGUCUCAAUCUCAGCUUAUGUCAACACAAACAUUCUCACAAGAUGUUCAAAGUCAAAUGGAUGACCUUUCUAAUGAGAACCAGGAAGUAAAAAGUCAACUCACAACAGUGAAAGAGGAAAGGGACCAGUUGCAGGAACGUCUCCAGCAAUUGGUGGAGGAAGCAGAAAGACAGAAGGAAGAGCUGGAAGGAACAGUAAAACAACUUCAGCAAGAAAUUGACAAUUUUUGUACUGAUAAAUCUGAUCUAACUGACAAGCAUAGAGAUCUGGAACAGAAAUAUAGUCAAAUGUUGAUUGAAAUUAAAGUUUUGGAAAAUAAAAACCUUGACCUCAGCGAUCAACUAAAGACAGAUGAAAAUGUUAAGUCUGACUUGGAAGUCAAACUGAAUGAGGUUCAAAGUUCACUGAGGGAGAAAGAUGCAGAAUUAAAAGAUAGUGAAAAAAUGAUGAAAGACUUUGAAAAUGAGGCACAAAUUUGGAAAAAUCUCCACGAUGAGUUAGUAAGCAAAGAUGAAGAAAAGAAUGUUGCUGGAGGUAGAUUAGAGUCGGAACUUUGUGAACUCAAAUCUGACAAUAAAACACUAAAGGUAGAAAAAUCUGAGUUGUUGGAAAAAGUGAAAUAUUUGUCGACAGACUCAGAUAAUUUAAGAAUGGAAAUUGAAGCUUUGAACAUGGAAUUGUCAAAUGUACGAACUGACAAAGACAAUUUACAAAGUGAAUUUCAGCAUUUAAAUGUAGAAUUUGAAGAGAGUAAAAAUCAACAAAGUAAAUUAUUUGAAGAGGCCAAUAUGUUGGACAGUAAAUUGAAAGAGGCUAUGAAUGAACGGGAAAGACUUUUGUCAGAUGUAGAAUCGAUUGCGCAAGAGAAAGAUGUUUUGAUUGAAACAGUAGAGACAACAACAAAAGCUGGACUCACUGAUUUCAAAACCACACUGGAAAAACUUCAUGACACUAUUAAGAAAUAUGAGGAGUCCCUUCAAGCUAAGAGAGCAGUUAUUGUAGAAAAAGAAAACCAACUAUUGGAAAAGAGAAAAAAUAUUGAGAUGUUAACUAACCAAUCAGAACAGAAAGAUGGUGAAAUAGAAAGAUUGACAGAACAAAUAGACGGAUUAAUAAAGGAGAAAAAGGCUGCGGAUUCUGACAUUGAGACAUUUAAAGACGUCAUUGAAGGACUUGAAAUGGACAAUGAGGCUCUAACCGCAGAGAAGUCUUCUUUGGAAUCAGAACUGAAGAUUGCAAGUACUGAACGUGAUGACCUUAUUUCAAAGGUUGAGAGGUUGAAUAAGGAGGUCAGAGAAAUUGAGUCUCAUAAAGACUCACAAUAUCAAGAGGAGAAAUCAGAAUGGGACACACAUAAAGUUGAACUAGAAAAUAGAAUAGAAAGUUUAAACGCUGAAAUGAUGGAAAUACAGGACAAACAAAUGUCUCUAUCUCAAGAGGAGGACCAAUCAAAAGUGGAGAUCAGUAGAUUGCAGCAGAAUCUUACAGAGUCCCAAGACCAGUGUAAAAAGUUCGAAAAUGAAGUUAUCUCCCUUACUGAUAGAAUUGAUAUACUGAACGCUGAAUUUUUAGAGAUGAAAGAUAAAUAUGAAUUAUUACAAAAAUCUGAAAGUGAACUAAAAACAGAGAAAAAUCAAAUAAUUGCUGAGUUAAAGGAAAAUUCUGAAAACAGCUCACAAUCAAUUGAAAAAUAUGAACAGGUGGUUGAGGAAGUUAAAUCUUUACAGAAAGAAGUGCUGUCUUUGACGAGUGAGAAUAUCAAAUUAGAACAACAAAACGCUACCAAGGAAAGGGAGAAAGGAGAACUUCUAUCGCAGUUCUUGAGUCUUGAGGAUCAGAAAGCAAGCCUUAAGCAGACUAAUGAUGCCUUACUGUUAGAGGUGAAAGAUGCUGAAAAUGAACUGAAAAACAAAUUUAGUGAGUUAGAUACCUGUAAGACACAACUGAUAACACUUGAAUCACAACUAUCAAGUAAAGAUGAUAUUCUGUGUUCACUCAGACUUGACCUAACUGAAGCACAAGGUUACCAAGAGAGAUAUACACAGUCUAAACAACUACUAGAUUCUACAAAGGCUGAAAUGCACAAGAAGACAGAUAUAUUGGAGAAAGAGAUAGAAGAAAAGAACAAAGAAUUACAAGUGUGUGUUAAAAACCAUGAAUCAGAAAUCCAGAAUCUGUCUCAAAACUAUGAAGCACAAAUCAAAACAAUUAAUACGGAACAUAAAUCAGAGAUAAAGAAACUUGACGAGACAAAAUCUCAGGAAAUCUCUCGACUCAGUUUGGAACACUCAGAAGAAAUAUCUAAAUUGAAAAAUUCUUUGAGUAAGAUAGAGGAAACACAAUCGGUUAGUAAUGAGGUGAUGGAAUUGAAAUCUUCACUAGAAAAAACUGAAGAAGAAUUAAAAGAAUAUAGAGGGAAAAUACAGACACAGGAAGAGGAAAUACAAAAAUCUUCUGAGGUUUUGAUCAAAUGGGAAAGCAGAUGUUCACGUCUCCAAACAGAACUCACAGCAGAGAAGUCGAAAUAUAUGAAGUUACGUCAACAGUUAGAAAGAAAAUCUCAAUCCAGUGACGAGACAAGUAUGAAAGAAUUGGAAGCCAAAGUGACAGAAUUAACAGAGGAGAAAAACAAGGUUAUUGAGGAUUGUAAACAGGCCUUUAUUAAACGGAAUUCACUGCAGGCUGAAAACAAACGUCUGACUGCCACUGUCAAAGCUUUGUCUCAUAAAUUAAAAGGAGACCAUACCAAGCCAGUAUCUACAACAGAAGAAACAAAAACCCCAAUGGGAUCUACUGUUUUAUCUACAAAGACUGAUAUCUCAGAAACAAACUCUUUAGUUAGUGGAAAAUCUCAAAUUAUAGACUCAAGACAUUUAUCAUCAUCAAAUUCUAAAAAUAAUCAUCCAUCUAUAUUUAGUUCAACAGACUGUGCUAUAAUUAGACCUAUUCCUAAACAUCCUGCCGUUAGUCAGGAAGUAACUAUGUCUUUUGAGCAGUCGGAAUCUGGUCGUAGAAUGAGUAUUUCUAAAUCUACUAGUUCUUUACCUGGAGGUGAAUCUAGUCAGAGAAUGACAAGAUCACAUAGUGUUGCUGCUGUUCAACAAAAAACAGUUUCUCCUUUGACAAAAAUAUCUGAAAAACGAAAAUUACCACAAGAUAUAGAGAACAACCAAAAGAAACUUAAAUCAGAUUUCCAUGUAGAGAAGAAGCCACUGAGUACCAUAACUAAUAGUCCUUUAAAGAAGAUACGGGAGGAAUCACCUCGUGCUUUACCAAAACGUACACUCAGUUUAAAACGGUCUCCAGAGGUACGGAAAAAUCUAAGACGUCCAAAUAGUCCAGAAGAAAAAAAUAAUACUGACAAUCAAGACUGCAAAGUAUCAUAGCGAACUUCAUUUCAGGAUUUAUAUUGGGUUCAAUAACUUUCAAGGACUUUAAGUAGUAUAGUAUUUUCAAAAACUUUCAAGGACUUUACGUGGUAUAGUUUGCUCUAUAGCAUUCAAGGACCUCAUGUAGUUUUGGACUUAUUUUUUUAUACUUACAACAUACGUGUAGUUUAGCAUUAUAUUUUUACUAUUGUAAAAAUUUAUAAGAAUAUAUCUGUGCUUGUUUUAUAGCUAUUUCUGUGCAAAAUUGUAAUUAUAACAGGAUUAUGCAUAGAAUAAUCACAAUUAUAUGAAUAGAAUAAACAGAGUUUGCCAUUGAAGGAGAUACAAAACAUUUUACAUUUAAUGAUUUGACAAGAAAAAUAGAAAGAGUAUGAUAAUUAUUCAUUUGUUAUUCACAUAUUCAUGCUAUCAUAAAUGAUAUCUAAGUUUUCUCCCCUUCUUAAAUUUUUUUGAAAUAAAUAGAAUUAGUUAUGUUGUUUUUUAAGCAAACAGUUUUUACAUUUACUGCAUUCCAAAAUGGCUGCUGUUGUUAAUUAAAAGAUUGUAAAAGUGCUUUAAAGAUUUUUAAUUGACCUAUGUAAUCUGUGAAAAGCCUUACCUGAUAUUAUAUUUUUUCUAAACAAAACUUACUUAUUUUGUUAAAUAGAUAUUUUAGAAAUAUGUAUAAAUCUUUUCAUUGUAUUUUGACCAAAAUUUGUACCAGUAGUUCACUUAUAAUGUGUCAUACAUUAAAUUUUACAUGCAAAUGUAAUACUUAAAGGGAAAAUAGUUUAUUUCCAAGUAUCCAAAUCUGAUAACCUAUAAAAAAGUUGAUGUAUUUUGAUUGUUAAAGAUUCUGUUAUUAUUAGGUUAAGUGUUAGUGGAAGGAAAUAACUAAGUCUCUGAUAGGUAUUUAUGUUUAGCAAGAAAAACAGUAAAAAAAAUAUUUCACUGUUAGUCUUUUUUUUAAAGUUUUUGGUGAUCAGUUCUUUUUGCCUACGAUUUUUGUAAAUUUUUUACUGUAUUCAUUUAUGAAAAGAUCCAUGUGUGAUUUGUUGACGAUGUAUUUUGUAUGCAUUAGUUUUCUUGUCACAAAGAAUAAUGGCUUUAAUAAGUAAAAUAAGUUGGUUGACAGUAUGCCAGAAAACUUUAAGCAAAAUGUUUUCUAUAAAACUUUUUGAAUGUUUUAUUGAUGUUUAUUAUAUGUCACUGUUCUUUAUAGAAAGAAAAGAGUAAGUCAGUUUGUUUAUUGAAUUGAAUAUUAAAUUAAUGGCUUGAAUGAUUUAUCUGUAAUAACACUUACAUAAAAAAAUGUCUACCACAUGCAUAUAAACCAAAGAAAAUGUGUAUUCAAACUUUUAAGCAAACCAUUAUAAUGCAUCUACAUAAUCUUUCAACUAAUAUACAAUUGGAUCAAAUGAGGUCAUACGACUGCCUUUGUUUGUUAUUUAUUAUUUAAGUGUGUUGAAUUAUUUUUUGUUUAUCUCAUAUGUGUAUAAAGCUCUUCUGCGUGUUAAAAUAGUUUUAGUUUACCACAUUAGUGUUUAAAGAAAGCUCUUCUAUGUGGAGAUUUUUAUACAAGUUACAUAAAUAAAUAUUGUAAAGUCACUUUUUAUCAUGUGAAGAAAAUUAUUCAAGUAAUUUCUAUGUAAAUAUUUAUGAAUCAAUGUUGAAGCCAUGAAAGUAUAGAUAACUUGUUUGAACCAGUAAUGGAAUAAACGAAAAUAUACGCAAAAACAGAUUUAUUUCUUGUUAAAUAUGGAAUAUUUUUUCUAUGGAAUGUUCAAUUUGUAUUUAAAAAGAAUGAUUUGUAUUAUCUAUGUGCCGUUUCUAUCUUUUGUUAUGACAGGGUGUAAAUGGAAACUUUGUUAAACUGCAUUUAUGAUGUUUUAUAACCUUAAAAAUAAUUAUCUGUGUGUAUGUGACUAACUCAAUAGUAUAUAGAAAUUGGAUGCUAUGAAAACAUAAUAUGUUCCUCUUAUAUUCAUCUUGACCUCUGUCUUUAGUCUAUAACCUCAUUAGAAUUUUUAAUUGUGCCUGUAUAUACCUUGUAUUAGAAGCCCAACCAACAAUAUUAUAUAAAUUACAGAUGUUUUGUAUAUAAUGAUCCCCACCCAGUGACUAUUUUGAGUUAUUACAUGUUAUUGUUUUGUGUUGUCAUAUUUUUAUUUUGAUGUAAUUAUUAUUUAUAAUACAGACUAACAUUCUUA